AUGGCCAUUCCUGAGCUGGAGGAGGAUUUGCAGCUCGUCUCCCGCAUCAUAGGGUUGAGGUCCCGAAAUGCAUACGCUCAGGCUCAGACGUCAAAGAUGUGCAACCUCCUCACGGAGUGGCAAGGGCGUCAAGAGAAGGACGUGCAGCAACGGAUGGACAUUCGCAGGAGAAACCUUCAGGUGUUGGGGAAGUUCUUCCUGCGCCCAGUUCUUCCAGUGCAGGCCUUCUCUGCCUGGAGAUGCCGCGUACGGCACGUCUGGCGCGACGCCGAGCAGGCGAUGGCUCGGACGUGCCUCUCGGCGUUCUCUUCCUGGCGGCGCUGGGCAUACGAGGAGAGGCUGGCGUCCCGUCUUUCGCACGAGGCCAAAGCUUCUCAGGCGCAUGCUGAGCUAAGCACCCUGCGUUUGCGGCUGCUGCGAGAGCGAAGAGCCCAUCGACUUGCAGACACACGAGCCAACCUUGCUGUCAUGCAGGUCAUUGGUGGAGGAUGCACUUUGGCACCCUGUGCCUUUACUCGAGAGCUGGCAGCUCUAUGCUUUUGCGCCUGGCACUUGCACACGGCAAGCCAUAGCGGCGCGAGCCAGAAAGCUCACUGGCGCUCAAACCGGGAAGGUCCGACCGCCCGACGGCCGAGACCCAGUCGCGUCAGGGUCUCGAAUCCAGCCAGAGUGGCUUUGGUCCAUUUGGGCAAAGGGUUGGCAAAGCGCUCGAUGGCUGCAUGCUUUACGCCAUGGCGGUGGUGGGUCCGUCGAACACGGUGGCAACAGCGAAUGGUCUCAAAGACAAGAUCACUAUCACAACGGGCCUUGCUCAGCGCGCUCCUGCGAAACUGGAGUGCCUUGACCCGCACGCGUGCAAGCCGUGCAAGGCCCGGGCCGAGCCAGUCGGAGGUGCUGAGAUCGCGGAUAGCAUUGGUCCUGCGUCGAGCAUCCGAAAAUGCUGAUGCGUGCUUGCUUCAACGGGCUUUUUCUGCAAUGAGGCUCUGCAAAGUUGGCCACGACGGCCGCAGCCGCUCUCCGAGGUCGUGCAGCCCGUCCGAGGACCCACGAAGCAGGUUUGGUGCUUGGACCCUGGCGGUCACAUCUGCGGGCCCAACUCCUUCUUCCAAGGCGGACAUGCGCCAAUCCGGGCUUUCUGCUUUUCUCUACUUCCAUGCCAGCGGUUCCGAGCAGCGCAUUCGUAGCCAUGUCAGCUCCGGCUGUGCCCAAUGA